AAUGAAGAACUAUGUUGUUCCAAAGCUUGAGAAAAUUAUUGAUGAGGAGAAGAAAGUAACUCAUUCCUUAUUAAUGGAUGAUACAGAAAAGGCUAUUCUGGAACCUGCUAAAAUUAAGGUGAAGCUGAAAGCUGAGAAUGUUGACAUAUGUUACCCUCCGAUCUUCCAGAGUGGUGGGAAUUUCGAUCUUAGACCUAGUGCUACAAGCAAUGAUGACCAUUUGUACUAUGAUUCUGCCAGCGUGAUCAUAUGUGCAGUUGGAUCGCGGUACAACAGCUACUGUUCAAAUGUUGCCAGAUCAUUUCUUAUUGAUUCAACUUUGAAGCAGACCAAGGCUUAUGAGGUUCUUCUUAAAGCUCAUGAGGCAGCAAUUGGUGCAUUGAAGGCGGGAAACAAGCUUAGUGCCGUGUAUCAAGCAGCUCUUGCAGUAGUUGAGAGCAAUGCUCCAGAAUUGAUUAACAACCUAACAAAAUCUGCUGGGACUGGGAUUGGUCUCGAGUUCCGGGAGUCGGGGCUGAUCCUUAAUGCUAAGAAUGAUAAGGUGCUGAGGGAGGGAAUGAUUUUCAAUGUAUCACUAGGUUUCCAGAAUUUGCAAACUGAGACCAGCAAAGAAAAGAGUAGGAAUUUUUCACUUUUGUUGGCAGAUACAGUUAUUGUCACAAACGAUGGCCGUGAGGUGGUUACUCAGCUGAGCUCCAAAGCCUUGAAGGACGUAGCCUAUUCAUUCAAUGAAGAGGAGGAAGAGGAGGAGGAGGAGGGGGUUAAGGUGAAAACUGAGUCAAAUAGGAAGGAGGCAUUGUAUUCAAAGGCAACACUUAGAUCAAACAACCAAGAAGAGCUCCGGAGGCAGCACCAGGCAGAACUUGCCCGUCAGAAGAAUGAAGAAACUGCGCGUCGUCUUGCUGGUGGAGGGGCUUUAUCUGGGAACAAUAGGAGUGCUGCUAGGACCUCAACUGACCUUGUUGCCUAUAAGAGCAUUAAUGACCUACCACCUCCUAGGGAGAUGAUUAUUCAGGUUGACCAGAAGAAUGAAGCCAUUCUUCUACCUAUAUAUGGUACUAUGGUUCCUUUCCAUGUGGCUACUGUUAAGACUGUGUCGAGCCAGCAGGAUACCAACCGCAACUGCUACAUCCGUAUCAUUUUCAAUGUUCCUGGUGCCCCUUUUACACCUGUUGAUGCAAAUGCUUUGAAGAAUCAGGGUGCCAUUUACCUGAAGGAAGUUUCUUUUCGUUCUAAGGAUCCAAGGCACAUAAGUGAAGUAGUUCAGAUGAUUAAAACUCUAAGACGGAAUGUUAUGGCCAGGGAGUCUGAGAGAGCCGAAAGGGCAACUUUGGUGACUCAGGAAAAACUUGUACUUGCAGGGAAUAAAUUCAAGCCAGUUAGGCUCUCCGACUUAUGGAUUCGCCCCUCUUUUGGUGGUCGUGCAAGAAAGCUUCCAGGUACAUUGGAAGCUCAUGUCAAUGGUUUCCGGUACUCAACCUCAAGACCAGAUGAGCGGGUUGACAUCAUGUUUGGCAACAUCAAGCAUGCGUUUUUUCAGCCAGCAGAGAAGGAAAUGAUUACCCUUCUUCACGUCCAUCUACAUAACCACAUAAUGGUAGGAAACAAGAAAACCAAGGAUGUGCAGUUCUAUGUUGAGGUAAUGGAUGUGGUCCAGACACUUGGAGGUGGAAAGCGGUCUGCGUAUGACCCAGAUGAGAUUGAGGAAGAACAGAGAGAAAGAGAUCGAAAGAACAAAAUCAACAUGGACUUCCAAAAUUUUGUGAACCGGGUGAAUGAUAUG